CAUGUGACGUCAACGCCAGCGGAUUACGACUUCAUCUACGAGGGCUACAUUGACAUCAGCAACGCUGCCUUGGAAGGAAUGCCCAAGGAGAAGACGACUAUGUGUCAGGUCAAGUUCGACACCAGGUAUGACCCCGAUGCAGUCAGCUAAGGAUGUGGCGAGGUUCGGCAGGGAAUUGGGGCAUCCCAAAGAAAAACAAAGGAAUGAAAGUUAAAGACUCCACGGCAGCAUCAGGCAGCGUCCUCGCCACACUGGUGUUGGAGGGCAGCAACGCUGGCGUCAGUCAGGCAAUGGACGAAAUGUGCAAGGACGUGGAGAAUGGUGUGAAGUACAGUUUCGGCGGACAGAGUGUUAGCCUGAUGCCCUACAUGAUGGUGGAUGGCAAGAUGGCGUACGGAGUCUCGUGUGGGCCGACUAACGCAGACAAAGGUUUGAGCCCCGGAAUCAUCGCCGCUAUUGUACUUGGUCAUCCUACUCUUCGUCAUCAUCCUCGUCAUAUUCCCUCGUCUGGAAGUUCGUCAUCGUGCCCAAGACAAAGACCUACGGACUUCGUGUGA